UUCUUUUUAAUAACGCUGGAUCGGAUAAUAAUUCAAUCAUACUGAAAGUUAUUGUCAAAGUGAACAGUUCACGUUAUUAAAGUGCCAAAAUGAAAUCGUUUGUUGCCUUCACUGCUUUGUGCGCAGUAAUUGCUUGCGUUAACUCCGCACCCCAUGGUGGACAAUAUGGCAGUGGAUCGAUGUCAACUUCUCAAUCAUCAGCAACUUCACAAAGCAGCAAUAAUAAUUUUGGCCAAAACAGUUUAUCUAGUUCGGGCGCAUCAGCCAGCGCUGGCUCACAAACCGGCACUAGUAACGGUGGUUUAGGCGAAUUCAGUUCAUCUGGUUCAAAUGCAAAUGCUUUAUCCUCAACUCAAAACUUCAAUCAAGGUUUCGGUCCAGGUUUCAGUGGUCAACCAGGUUUCGGCGGAGGAUUCAGUAGUAGUACCUCGAAUGCAGCAUCAGGUGCUCACACACAAACUGAAAACGCAGGUGGACACAUUCAACCAGGAUACGGUGUAGGUUUCGGUCCAGGUAUCGGUGGAGGAUUCGGUGGCUCAGGAUUCGGUGGCCCAGGUUUCGGUGGCCCAGGAUUCGGUGGCCCAGGAUUCAGUGGUCCAGGUUUUGGUAAUAGUCAAAGUAAUUCAGCAGCAAAUGCACAAUCUCAAACAGCCGGAUUAGUUCAUUAGGUGGUGGUUUCGGUGGUUAACAAAGUGCCUCAAAUGCAGACUGCUGCCAACACACAUUUAACAAACAAGCUGUUUAUUAAGUCCCAAAAAAAAAGAAAAGCUUAAAUUCUAAAAACAAUAAAACACAAAUACACAAUU